CACUGAAAGCCGCGCACUUUGUUGAACUCAGACACAACUCUAGAAAGAGAAUAAAAGGUUUUCAUGAGCAAGAGUUACUCGCGAAAGAUCAGAAGGUUCCAACAAUUCAGAAAGAAUAGGAGCGGUGUAUCAUCAGUUGGCCGGAGGAGGAGAAAUCAAUGUUCAAGAACAUGACUCAAGCUCAAUGUUGCACGUCAUUCGAUACAGGUGGUCGGAUAUCUGAGGAAGAGAUUCAGCACAGCUCUCUCGAAGGACGUUCAGAAGUCUAAGCUGUGAAGAGGCGAUCCAGAUUCCUAAUCAGAAUGGAAGAAGAGGUGCGCGAAGAAGGUAACAGGAUGUUUGGCAAAGGACGUUGGGCAAGGGCUAUUGCGAAGUACGGCCAGUAUAUAGCUCUUUUAGUUGGGGACAAAACGGAUGAAACAACUCGAUCCAAGCUUGUCGUAGGGUAUUCUAAUAGAGCAGAAGCUUGGCUGAAGGUGCAUAAAUAUGUCAAGGCCCUGGAUGACUGCAAUAAAGCGCUGGAAUUGGAUAAUGCUCAUUUGAAGAGUCUCCUGAGGAAGGGGAGGGCCCUUGAAGGACUUCGUAUGUUUCAAGAAGCCGUAGAGACUUACAAGGAAAUAUUAGGGAGUUCCAGUUUCGAUUGCUUGAGCGGAAGUGUAAGGGAUUCGAUUGAGAUUUCGUAUGAAAAUGCCUUUAUGAAAGAUAGGCAAACUCGCUUUGGAGAGAUUGAGAAUGCUUUUGAGACAAGCUGGAAACUGUUUCCCGCAGGUCCUGAUAUGAUUGAAACCCCUCCUUCACUGGAGGAGUAUGUGGGACCUGUAGAGAUCAGAAGGGUUCCAGGGAUGGGGAGAGGUCUAUUUGCAACAAGAAACGUCCAAGCAGGGGAAUUGCUCCUAGUAAGCAAUGCCUUAACGACCAACAAAAUUAGCACGGAUGAUCGUUCUGAACUCCCUCCUUUGGAAAAGAAACUCGAUCAUUUGAUUUAUGCUGUUGAAGAGGUUGUCAGAGAUGCGAUGGAGAACUUGCACGAUCUGACUCAGCUACAACGGCUUAUUCAGCUGGACACUCUGGGAGGCCCUUACCCUGAAGACUCACAAUACAGAGAUGCCCCGCCCAUGAGAUAUUUCACUCCGGUUAAUGCUCUGCCUCCCGGCUGCAAGAGUGUGACCGCACAAGAUAUGACGCAUCCUGCAUUGAGGAAUGAAUUUCCCAGAGCCUUUUUGAGGAGAGUGAUUUAUGAAAGGCAAAUUUAUCAGUACGGAAAAGUGCUAAAAAUUCUGGAGAUUUAUGUCCUACCGUCCCUCAUGAAUCAUUCUUGUUUACCAAAUGUUUCAGUCAUGGGACUGCGAAAUGAAAGGUUCUCCAGAGUGUUUAGAGCAAGCCGUGACAUUCGACAAGGGGAGGAAUUAUUCCACGCUUAUCAUAACAUCUUCUGCCCCCUGGACGAAAGGAGGUGGCUGGUCGGGGGUGUGCUCUGUAAAUGUUCAAGGUGCAGUCUGGAGGCAAGGCUACUCCAGGAAUGUAGCAUGUUGAACUAUAUGGCUUCCGAGUGCACGGACAUCGGAAGCCACUGUGAUCAUCUCAGUUUGUCAACAUAUACUGAGGAGCAGCUGGAAAGAUUGAAAAGGCGCUGCAUAACAGCCAUCACCGCAGUCGGUUCUCUCUUCAAGGACAUCCCCAAGCUCUCGGCGCUCCGGGACGACGAGAAGGACUUCAUCCGAGCUUCAUUCGUCCGAUUCUACAGGCUGCUGCUAGAUCCACAGAUCAAGGGGCUACCGGGCUACUCAGCGGAUAAUUUAUUGUCGGAGAGGCGCUUGAUUGCGAAUAUUAUAAUAGCCAUGCACACAUGCGAUCCUGCAUCUGAUCUUGCAUUAGCAAUGUGCGCAGAGGCCGCCAAGGAGAAGCCCUUUCUAUAUAAUCAUGCCACUGAUUCUAUAGAGCCCUACGGUGAAAUGGAAGUGCUGUUAAAUUCCGGCAGGAGAAUUCUCGAGUUAACAUACGGGCCGGAGUUGACUUGCAGGAGCAUCUUCAAGAUCUUUGUUUCUUAUGAAGGGAGCUUGGUCUACUUACCUUUCUAGACUCGCAUGGAAAGCAACGAUGUAAACAUUUCUAUAAAUACUCCUGCUCUGCAUCCAUGGACGAUGGUAUAUUUAUAUUCUCAACUGGUGAUGCAGUUUGAUGUGUGGAUGCCAUCAACGCGUUUCGGCUAUCUAAAUAUGAAGAUAAAAUAAUGUAAAGUCACAUACACAUUUAUGCAGAAUAGAA